GUCUGACGGCGGCGGCGAUGGCUGAGGCUCUGAAGCUGCAGAAAGUGAGGAUGAUGAUGGGUUUCCAUGGCAACAGCGAUCAUCAGCGACAUCACAAUGGGGUGGAGUCAGAGAACGGCGACACACUAGGAGGCAGUGAAGCAUCAUGGGAGAAGGAGCAGCACCUCCUCUCUCCUCCUCCGUCUUCGGUUGCGCCGCCUCCUGAUUCAGCAUCGCUUCACCUCAACACUCUGCAGCAACACGGCGCACUAUUGGCCAACCGUCUGUCUGACCUUCCUUUUAUGGUCAUGCCCCACCACCUCCUCCCUGUGGGCCUGCCCCCUGCCAGUGUUGCCAUGGCGAUGAACCAAAUGAGUCAGCUGAGUGGUUUCGCAAAUUUGGCCGCCAUGUCCCAGUUUCAGAGAGAAGAAACCAAAUUGACUGAUACUCCCCCAGGAAGCCCCUCCGCAUGCCCCUCCCCCAGUGAUGACGAGCUCCUUCCCCUGGAACCAACCAGCCAAUCACCUUCCAAGGCAUCUUCAUCCUCCUCAUCAUCACCUCUUCCUGCAGCACACACACCAGAGCUAGACAGGGAGCCUGCAGAGAACAACAUGGCGGAGAUGUUGAAGGAAAAAGAUGGAGCUCUGUUGCCCCUUCCCUUUAUCAAAACGGCUUGUGAGAAGCUUCCAUUCACCUCUCAGUCACUGUCAAUCAACCAUGCAAACCCCACCCUCACUCCAUUCCUAUUGGCUGAGGGCCUGUCGUCCAUGGAGACACUGCUGACCAACAUUCAGGGUCUCCUGAAGGUGGCGGUGCAGAGCGCUCGCUCUCAAGACAAACAGAACCAGACGGAAAGAAAGGAGUUAAAACUGGAGCUGGAGAGAGAGAGGGGCGUUCGACAGACUCUACAGAGACGGCUGAGCUCCGAGCUACAGACACGAGCUUCCAUCCAAAGGAGGCUGAAGAAGGAGAAGAAGGCCAAGAGGAGACUGCAGGAGGCGCUAGACUUUGAGUCGAGGAGGAGGGAGCAGGUGGAGAGAGUGCUGCAUCACUCCGACCCCCUCACAGACGCAGAACUUCCUGAGAAUGAGCCGGAAAACAGACCAGAGAACUCGACAGCUCAGGAGAAGCGACCAUUCAUCAAACCUCCGAUCCUCUUCUGAGACAUCACAGCUGUCCGAGGGAGGAGGAGGAUCGAGGGAGGAGGAGGAUGGAGGAACCAAGGAGAAGGAGGGAGGAGAA